AUGGUGCGCUUUUGGCGUGACCUCCAUCGCUGGGCAUCCCGAGGCCUUCAGCCUACUUACGACAAGCUAUACGACGAAGAGCGUCUGGAAGAAGAGCCUGGCUUAUGGUGGAGACAUCGACAGCAGAAAUCAUGGCCUGCAUGGCCGAGAAAAGCGACGGUGUACCUUUUCCUGAUAGAUAUGGUGAUCGUCGUGCUAUUGCUGCAAGCUCUUGAGCCCCUGAUCACUCUGCUGCUCAGAAACGAAGAGCUCUUUAGCCCUCAAGUGACUCUGUCAAGCUUUAAUGUCUCAUAUGUUGGCAAUGAAGCGGCCCAAGUGAAUCAUAUACCACAGAUUCUACACCAAACCACCGCUACGGAGCAGAUACCAGAUCGCUGGAUGCAUUCACAACAUAGUUGCAAGGAAGCUUAUUCGGACUUUCAAUAUAAGUUGUGGACUGACGAUUCAGCUCGCGAAUUCCUCUCCAAUCACUACUCCUGGUUCGUUGAAACCUGGGAUAACUACGCCUUUCCUAUCCAGCGCGCCGACUCAAUUCGUUAUUUUGUCUUGUAUCACUAUGGUGGUAUCUACCUGGACAUGGACAGCUGGUGCAAUCAGACUAUUCCUAUUCACAAGCUCGGAGCAGGCAACGAGGCGGACUACGCACUCUUCAAAUCAACACUUCCAACGGGCAUCACCAACGAUUUGUUGGUCACGUCAGCGAGACAUCCAGUCUACGCGGCUGCAAUUGCAAAACUACCCUUAUUUAACGCCAUCACUCGACCCUGGGCUCGACUGCAGCCAUACUGCGCUAUUAUGAUAUCUGCUGGGCCUAUGUUCUUGACCAUGGUGGCUAAGGAUUACUUGCUGGGGCAACCCUCACUGCCUUCGAAAGCGUUAGGGGUCAUAAAUUCAAGCGAGCUGGUGCCAUACAUCACCGACCUUGAAAGCAGCACGUGGCAUCAAUCAGAUGCAAAGGUGCUCAUGUGGAUCGGAAGGCGACCGUGGACAUGGUUUACCAUGGGAACAGUAGGGCUCGCAGCUGGUUUAUACAUUAUCAAUCAUCUAUUGAUACAUCUUUGCAAAAUUAGUUUUGGCAAGGUCCCAUCUGAUACUUAUAGCGUCAAAUUGGCGAAGGAAGCUUAA